CGUUCGCGGACUAAGUAGAGUUCUCGAUCAGCGUGGUGGUCAAACCGACCGGCCGGUGCGCAGGGAGCUAUGCGACCAGCUUAUACAGCUUUUUACCACUUCAAAUCGCGACAACAACAUUGACAGGGUUACACGGUGAUUUUAAUUGAAUUACUUGAAGAGAAUGCGAAGAGCAAGAAUUAGUAUUAAACCCAAUGUCAGGCCAGGAGGUCGAAGUGUGGCACCCGUAGCUGAGGACAGGAGAUCCCAAGGGUCCACAGCUGUUGAUGACACCCAUCAAAAGCUGUCAUCUCCUCAACAGUCUCAGCUGGAAGUCAAAGAGUCUGCUGUGGCGACAGGAGAUGGAAAUGUGCCCGGCUGUCCAUCAGAGAAAGCAUCACUGAACAUUAAUGAUGGCGCGCCAUCUAGUGUCAGAACACCUGCAACUACAGUACAUCAGAAGAGGAGCAGGUUCUCUGCCACACCAAAGCUGGCCAGACCCAAAGUCCGUUCCGCUCCUCCAUCCACCGGUUCUCUUCCAUCAGAGCCAUCCAAGAUAUCAUCCCCUUCUCAGGCAGCCAAUACUUUAACUCAGUCCCCUAUCCCAGUUGCUAUCAGCAGAGAUGAUUCACAACAAUCUACAUUCUCAGAUGCCACUACAGCAGCUAACUGCCCUGCAUCCUCACUGUGUCUUCCAUCCACAUCUGGCUGUCCAGAAUCACCAUCAUCAACACCGUCACAACAAGAGCCUUGUAGAACUACCAAAAAAAUCCCAAAUGAGGAUUUCGGGCCUCAAGAAGGAGCCACUCCACUUUCAUGCACUCUCUCACCGUAUGUGAAACUGUCUCGUGUUGAUGGACCAGACUCUCCUCUCAGGAACCAAAUUUCUUCAGACAAGCAGCAGGUCUUGAGGACCCUCAAACUGAAGGAACUGAUGAAGCUGGAGAGGAAGAAAGAAAGAAUGGAGAAGAAGAGUAGACGGCAUAAACGUGAGCAAUGCAUUGAGCCAGAUCGUGACAAAAUGACCUUAGGUGACUUCAUUUAUUACCUGCCAGAGUCAAACCCUAUGAAGUCCUCCCUUUCCACAGAGGAGACUCAAACACAGAUCACUGCUCCCCCAAAUCCCACGGUGCAGAAAAAUAUGGCAGACGCAGAUGAGGGGGAGGAGGAGGAAGAUGAUGAUGAUGUUGAUGCUGAUGAGGAACUGCUUGCUCCCAAAGUCAAGGUGGCAGAAGAUGGCUCACUGAUUUUAGAUGAAGAAAGUUUGACAGUCCGCGUUCAAAGGACGUCGGAUACAGUUGUGGAGAAUGCAAAUCCACUGUUUGAGCGAGGCUCUACCACAACAUACACAAGUUUCAGGAAAAAAUGGCAUGUCAAAAAUUGGUCUGUCAGAGAAACGGAUAUGUUCUAUUUGGCCAUUAGUAUGGUGGGAACAGACUUCUCCAUGAUUGCUCAGCUGUUGACUCACCGCAGCAGAGCAGAAAUUAAGAAUAAAUUUAGGAAUGAGGAGAGAGCGAAUUCAUGGCGAGUAGAUAAAGCUUUCAGAAAUAAGCGACCAUAUGACAGCGAGCUUUUCAGUUUCCUGCUGAAGAGGAUCUUGGCUAAGGACAAACAAAAGGGCAAAUCCAUAAAACUAGUUGUGAAAUCGAGUAAAACGAAAAAAAGCAAAGGUGGUGAAAAAUCCAAACACCUUGAGGACAAAGACUCAAUUAAUGAUGAUGAAGAUGAUGAAUUGUGCAGUGUGGACAGUGUCUGUUUUGAUUUAGAAAAGGAGAAUGAGGACAGCAGUAAUAUGAAUGAAGCGGAUGUGUCAUCAAGUACAAGCAAGAAGCGUAAACGCACAAAAGACACUGAGCCAAAAGUGUUGUAUGAGAAAGUGUCCAAGCAAAAGAAGAAAAACAAGACACCGAAAAAAGUGCUGAAUGAAGGAGAAAAUGACACCGUGAAUGCUGACCAUAAUGAGGCAUCUGCCAUCCAGACUACAAAACGGAAGCGCUCCAAAAAGUGCGAGAAGGAAGAACAGGAAACUACCAAAUGUAAACGGAAGACUAAAAAGAGCAAAACAUCACAGCAAGAGUGUACUGGAUCUGAGCUGUGUGCUGACUGUAGUGAAGACCCCGGUGCUGAAGUUGAUCAAGGGGAGAAGCUCUGUGCAGAGAGAGCAACUAAGGAAGAGGUUUCACAAUGCUCCUCCAAACAUUCAAAAAGGGCCAAUUUGGCAAAAAGAAAAUCCAAACAUUCCGAGCCAAAAGCAACAGUAGAGAUUGAGGAUACAGCAGAAGAAUGUCAAGAUAAGAGCUGCAGCGAAGCAGAGAAUGAGUUGAGGAUCAUCCGUCUUGCAAAGGAACAGCUCCAGAAUCAGCCGAUAGUUGUUCUGGAAAGGACUCCUCUGAGGCUAAAAGAUUCACACAGCUCAUCUGUAAGCCAAGACCAACUACAGUCCUCCAAGAGCCUGCAGCAUUCUCCUGGACGGAAGAUGAGAGCCGAAAAGGUCAAAUGCAAUCUGACUGCCUCUGGUGACGGUAGUGAAGUCUCGACAGCAGGCCCCGGUGUUAAAGAGGAUCAGGGUGUGAAGCUUGUUCCAGAGAGCUCAGCUAAGGAAGAGAUUUCAGAAAGCUCCCUCAAACGUCCUCCUGGGCAGCAGACGAGAGCAGACAAGGUCAAGCACAAUCUGACUGCUUCAGAAGGGGAUCAGAUAGACCACAGUCAUACUGGCUCACAUCCAUCACCAGAGGACAUGAGCGGCACUAUCAUGCCGAAUCAACUGAGCGUCCAGGACUCUGAAGAGAUGGAGGCUGAUCAAUGCAUGAAGGAGGAUUUAAAUUUACGUCAUUUAGAGUUUCUAACUCCAUCUGAAGUAAAUGGUCAGACAUCACUGAGAAGAGCAGUUGUGUUGGUGUCUAAUGAUGUAGUGAAGCACUACCUCAGGACUCAAGCACAAACCACUGCAGAGGAAUCCACAACCUCUGAGAGUCAGCGGGACACGGCACCUGCCAGAGGCCAUCAUGUGCGACAGCAUAGGGAUGGUCUUGAUGAACACGGCUCCUCUAGUGAUGUUCUAGAAGAGAGGGUCUCUCAAGAUCAAGAUGUGAAUGAAACCGACACUACCUGCGUUUCCACCAAAUUAAGCAUCGCUGAAAAAAGGAGAAGGUUUUGCAAGAUCAAACCCAGUCUGAGCCUGGCAGCACAGUCCAUCCACAGACCUCUGAAUGAAAAGACCCCGUCUGUCAAACGUGACUCAACGCUGCUGCAAUGUAGCAGUCCUGUGGAAGUCAAAGUGAAGAUGGCUCCAAACAAAUGUCUUGUUGAAGAGCACAGGGACCGUCCUGAGGAAGAGCUUACAUGUGGAGUCACUCCAGAAGUGAGCGGCCCUCAGGGUGUUAAGGAUGAUGACGCAGAAACCACAGUAGAUGGUAUUCCUUCCUUAACAUCAGCUGUGAGUAAGACAGAGGACCAGGAGAUCGAACCCUUCCUUGAGAAGUCUCUGGUUCCUGACACCACACCGUCAGACAAAGAUGAGCCUGAAAGAAGAGGAGAAUUUGAAAGGUCUCCAUCUCGGCCGUCUGAGAAUGAAGAUCGAAUUACUGAUCGGGAGGAACAGGAUUCAGGGGCUGUUGAGUCUGAACUCACAGACACUAUGAUUGAGGAACCUCAGACGGAGCUGAAGAGGAUUAUUCCAGUCAGCUGUUCUGCUGAUGGUUCCUCAGUUCAUGCUCAAGGCAGAAUUGCCCCGGAGAGACGCAGUCAGUUUGAUGAGCAAACACCCACCAACCUGGAAGGGGCAUCUCUGGUCAUGGUAAACCCUCAACAGACCUCAGAGCCGAAUGAAGAGCCAGUUCUCAGUGAUCCUUCACCUGCACUAUUUGAAGAGGUUUCAUCUUUGUCUUAUCCUCCAAACGAACCUACAAGCAACCUGUGUGACAUGGACAUGAUGCAGUUUAGGGAGUCUGCAGCUGAAGAUGUUCAAAUACCAUACGAGCAGGAGUCAGAGAGUCAAGACGGCACAGAAGAGCCAUCAGAAGCUUCUGAGGAAUGCAUCGUCUCUCUAAAUGAAAAUGCAAAAUCUGAAAUUUCAGAUUCAGCUGGAGUGGAUACAGGUGCAAUUGAUAAACAUUCUGAGGAGGAACCCACAUUUAUUUUAACUCUAUAUGAGAUUCCAGUCUCUGGGCAGCAGGACACUCCUCCUUAUGAACUUCAGCCAGUCCAGAUGCCUUUGCUUUUCUCAAGCAGUUCACAUUCUCUUUCCUUCACAUUAGAGCCGUCCAGUGCAUCUCUGAACAUGACGUCUGAAGACACCGGUAAUCUAUGUAACAGUAGUUCUUGCAAGGUGGUGGAUGACUCCCUGGAUCCUCUUUCAAAGGAAGCACUAUUGAUAUCCUCACUGGAAAGCAGUUGUGAUGACGUGAACUCUUUAAUUAGUCCACCCGAGAUGUUCUCUUGUAAUUCUGCCACGUCGAUGCAUGUGCUGAAGUUGGAUGAGAUCCUGACAGAGUCGCCAGAAACUAAAGCACCUCCUCAAAGGAGAUGCAAGAUUAAAGUCAAGCCGAAACUAAAGCCUUGUGUGAAGGUCAGGCCUUCAAAAAAUGGCCAGUUUGACUUUGCACCCAGUCAGAAUCUACCAACAUCUCAAGCCACACCACAAACUGGGAUCGAGUCCAACCAGAAACUAUCUGUACAGGAAACGGUUGGUCCUGAAUGCCACUCAAGCAUUGAAGACGGUGAGAGGGAAGCCCAUCCUGGACCUGAUGGCAUGAUAUCAACAGCCAUUGUGCCAGUGUCUGAAGAAAUGAGCGAUGAGAGUCACCUGGAGUGGGAAUGUCCUCUCAGAACAGAACUCCAGAGGAAUGAGGACUUAGUUAUUGACCUUCCAGUGCACAGUACAUUCAUAAAGGAGUCGGAGGGGAACAACGAAGCUGGUUAUGAGGGUAUUUCUCACACAGUGUUGGCUGAUGCCUUCGUACUCUCUUCAGAAAUGAAGGAUGUUUUUAAUAAGGAAAAGGAAAGCCCUCAUGCUAGUGAGCUCCAAAUACCUGAGGGCUUAACUGUGUGUCUUACAGAGAGUGAGAAAUCUCUUCCUUCAUUCAUUGACCAAGAAGAACAAAUGGCAGACAUUUCUAAAAAGCCUGAUACGUGCAGAGAGGCAUCAUGUGUCUCAUCAUCUGCAUCUCAAGAGAAGACUAUGCCCUUGAGGAGAGGCAAGUUGCAAGUGAAGUCUAAAAUCCCAAAAACAACAUCUACGGAAGACGAUUGCUCUAGACAGAAUCUGUCUGACUUUGGCUAUAAUGAUCCAGCCACAGCUCAAAUCAUUUCACCAGAACCUCUGAUUAAAGAACAAACCAUUAAAGUGGAACAGAGAUCCGAGCACGAAGAUUUCUCUGAUAUCCCAAUUGAGGAAUCCGAUGGAGAGCCUGCUGGGAUUGCUUCAUCCUCACAACCAUUCAACACUGUAAAAUCAACAGCAUGCACUGAAUUGCAUCCAGUGGAACUGAAAAUAGAGGGUAGGCACGAGGAUGUGUCACACGUGGUGUUGCCUGAUAUAUUGGUGCCAGUUUCUGCUGAAAUGGAAAAUGGUGAUCAUAUGGCGAGUGCAAGUCCUGAACAAAGCAGUCUGCAGUUGGGUGAAGAGAGCCAGCAGACUGUCACUGCAGAAGCAGACCAGGAGGUGCAUUCGCAUCUGACUGACAUGUUGAUCCCCGCCUGUGAGAAAACAGAAGAUGAUUUAAGCAAGGAACGGACAACAGCUGGACAGAAAAGUCCUCAUGAGGAAGGAAGACCUCUGGUGAGAGAGGAUCCAGAUACAGCAGACCUGUUCAGUCAAGUGUCACAAUCUUCAAAUGUGGGACCAUCAGUGUCACCCAAAAGGAAAAGACCCACUCAGAGGAAAGGCAAGUUAUUGGUAAAGAUGACGUUUCCCAAAAGAAAGAGUAGAGAUUCCCCUAAGAGUGGUGAGCAAUCACAAAGCGGUCCUCUGACAAUCUUAAUGUCGGAGUCAACACAAUGCAGUGCUGAGACAUGUGCUGACUUGUUGCCCACUGGCUCGGAGGACCAUGAGGAAGCAUCUGGAGGCACACUUUGUCCAAUGCCUAAACUGUCAAAAAGAAAAGGUGAUCCUUCAGAAAAUGACCUCGGUCAGCCCAGCUCUACACAGACCUCUUUAGCUACACCCAGGCAGUCCCUGGACCCUCAAGCUGUGGAAUGGUCUCUCAGAAGCAAUAUGCUGCCCAUGGAUUUGGAUGAGAUGGAGAACUGGUGUGAAGGAGUUUCCCACAUGUUGCUGUCAGAUGCAUUUGUGCCCGUUUCUGAAGAGACUGGAGAGAACAACACAGAGCUAAAAGUGUUUAUCUUAAGCAGUCCUCAUAAGCAUGAGCAAAUCACGCUUGGUCCGACAAAGAGUGAGGAGACGCCCUCUGAAAUUUCAAGUGAUGUACACCAAUUAAACACGACUUCUGGCAUGACAAAGUCAAAUGAGAGUCUGCCAGCAUCACAAGCAAAAAAAUCACCAGCAAGAAGUACAUUUCAGAUGACACUAAGGUCACCUGAAAGACACUUUAAAGAUCAACCUUGUAUGCUGAAGUCAACCCAAGCUGCCCCGACAGCACCACAGCGAACUCCGACAUCAAAGGUGAAAGAGUCCAUGGGAACUCCAACAAGACGACAAACAGUAGAGAUCUCAAGUGCAUGCUGGGUACAGCUAGAAAGGUUAUCUGUAGAGGAAAUCUGCAGUGCUCAAAGUGUCCCUCAACCAAAGCAUCACAGCACGCCUGUCACUGUUAAACCCACUUCUAGAGGAAGCUCUGGUUUAGGAUCACAUGCCGAUGAGGAGCCACCCAUGCUGCCAGGAUACUCGCCAAGGGUUGUCCUUCAUCGUAUACCAUUAACAGCUACUGAAGAGAACAUUUCUACGCUUACUUCAUUCCCACCAAGAGCUUUCACCUCACCCUCCCGAACACAGGCAGAGCAUCAGUCUCUUCAAAACAGCCCUCCUGUCUCUAGUCUGGAUGCUGAUAAGAAUCCUGAUCAAGUGUCCCACUUCUUACUGGAUGACAUCUUCACUGAAGUUGUGGAUCCGUAUUGAUUUUUAUUUUGGGUUGAUUAAAUUUCACUGCUGCUAUUCCAGUUUGUUGCACUGAAGUGGAUGAUGUGUAACACUGUCACACUGCUGAUUUUAGACCUGUUAGUAAUUGUAAUGCAGUUUCUCUAGUUCAAUUUUGUUCAUUAAGGAAAAUCUUAAUAUAUAUUGUAUACAUUUCUGUAAUGAAGCCUUUUUUUGGUGAUGAGACAUACGGUGAUACAGGUUAAGUCCUGUUUUUAUACAGUCUUAAGUCACAGCUCUGUUAUUUAUUUCUAUUUAUUUUAUGCUGAACAUCAACACACUUCUAUCAGUGUGUUUUUUACUGACUGAUCUUGUUUUGUUCAGUGCCAAAUAUAUUUGUUUUUAUGGUUACUGUAUGUUAUUUUAAUUUGUUUUUCUUUCUGAGGUCAAAUCCCUUUUUUGUGGGUUACAAAACCUUUCUUCAGUAAGAAUAUAUUAUAAUGAAUGUUCAUGAAUAAUUAGUUAUUGUCAGUUGUAUUUGCAAUAUGUGGUUGUCUGGAUAUUAAAGCACUGGAGAAAUUACAAGUAAAUAAAUGAAUAUUCACUUUU